AUGCCCUUACCACUACCUUCGAGUUUUGCCUCUGCCGCUGCUGGCAUUAACCAAGAUUCAAAGAAAGAUGGUACUAUGAGCGGAGAAUGGACACGGUCUCGUACAAACGGAGCGACACAAACUUUUCGUCGCCCCUCUGUCGCGACAAAUCUAUCGCACAACCGUGAUAGUAGCAGUCAACCUACAUCUACUCCCACUUCUACCGCAUACAUUCCUCCUCAUAUGACCUCCAACUAUCAGCCUCGCAACGGUUCGACUGGCGACAGCCGAUACUCCAAGGAAGACCUUCUAAGCAUCUUUAAGGGUCAACGAGAUUCAGGAGCAUUAGGAAAGAAUAUGGGGGACCAUUUCUUAGCUUCAUGGAACCCGCUUGAAGAUGCAGGAGCUACCAAUGGUGCCUGGGCGAAGAAAGAGGAUCAAAAAGAUUCCCCACCCGGACCUGAGGUUUGCUGGGACCAUUUGGGGCAUUAUGAACCACUAGGCUUAAUAGAGAUGACGGAGGAGGAACGUGAGCUCUUCUCGACUACUGUUAACUCUCCCUUGAAACCUCCACCAUCAAGCGCCACCAAAGACAAUACUCCUGGUGUCGGUGGACGCAAAGCCUCCGUCUCUCAUUCUACUUCGUUCAACACCUCAUCUCCAAGUUCUGGACGACCAGGAACACGACGUCGAGAAACUCAGGACUCAACGGGCAAUCCCAUGUCUCCAACUGCCGGUUCUCGUUUCUUCCGGGAAGAGCCUAAUACAACCACCCCUCCACCUUCUCUUCUCCGCCGUAAAACCGACCUUCGCGACCCAGCAUCGAGUGCCAAACAGUUUGAAGAGAAAGACAAGCCGAAGGAUCUACCGGAAAUUUCAUCACCAUUUGGAUCUUUGAAGCGGAGCGCUACGAACCCAGUUGUCAGUGGUUUAGCCAGCACUUCUUCGCCUUGGACAUCGGCUUCCCAAACUGCCAAUUUGUCACCGAUGGGUGCUUUCGGAAGCUUUUCAUUAGGAACCUCUAGUCCACAAGCUCCAACAUCGGCUGUUGAAAAAAGACCCGGAUUUGGUAGUGUUCGUGGUGAAAGCAGAUUCAAAGGGUUGCUCUCGAAAGAUAGCUCGGAAGAUGUUGGAAUGCUAGCUAAGGACAAGGGUCUGGCGAAAGAGAUAGAGCGUCUUGCUGAGACUGAAGGGACAAGCCGUUCCCAAUCGCCAUGGAAUGAAACCGUCAAAACCCGUGCAACCCGCAGCGAAACGAAUCCAUUUGACGAGCCUCGCAGUGGGAGCGCUGCUCUUGGCGGCUCUGAGGAAGUCGGGUCAGGAAUAGAUGAGCUUGGAUUUGCCGCAUUUGGCAUGACGGCUGGUGUUCCUGGCCUUCGAGAUCUACUCGGUCGUGGCGACGGUGCCCAUGGUUCUCCAAGUCACCUCCAGGGUCUUGAACCAACCAGUCCGACAAACACAAAUCCCUACCAAAGCCCGCGAGGUGAGAAGGUCGAUGACGACGUAGACACCGAUGGCUCUGAUGUACAGCGAAGUCAGCAUCCUGGCAUCAGUGGGCUGCGUGAUGACGCUGCUGCGGCUCCCUUUAGUUCUAUCCGACGUGGCGGCUCUGCUCUAGAUAUGUCCGCUGGUGACCGCAGUCAAACUUCUAGCGUCGGUCCGGGCAGGGGUUUUUCUAAUCUUAGCGGACUGACCGGUCUUCCCGCUAUCGGUGGUUCAGGGGCCUGGCCUUCUGCUGGAGCAAUUGGCACGCCAACACGUGAACGAGCUGCCUUCACCGGAUUCGGUGAUCCUAUCUUUGGAUCUAUGGCCGAAGUUCAAUCUCCGGGUCUUUCUACGCUUGGUGCAGGCGGCUUCUUCGGUUCUCAUGCGGGACUUAGUGGAACUGGAAGUAUUGGUCGGGCGAGUAAGAUGGGUUCUCUUUUCCCACCGUCUAUGCAAGACAAUACACAGGGUGAGAUUGGACGUCAGGAAGACGGAAGUAGGUCUCAAGAUCUUAAACCUUCUACAUCAACGCCUUCACAACUUCCAACCACAUCUGCUGGUAGUGCUCUGACAACGCCUCUCGCCACAUCUUCCGAAGUCUCGCAGACUCAACAAGGCUUAUCUACUGGCGGUUCCAAUGCUCUCCCUACGGCCCAGCAACGCACUAUGGUCAUGCCGGAUCGCAUGAGAUGGAUCUAUCGGGAUCCCCAGGGAAACAUUCAGGGACCUUGGUCAGGACUGGAAAUGCAUGAUUGGUUCAAGGCAGGAUUCUUUACUGCGGAGCUUCAAGUCAAGAAAUUGGAAGACCCUGAAUUCGAGCCUUUAGCUCAACUUGUUCGUCGCAUCGGAAAUUCACGCGAGCCGUUCCUUGUACCUCAGAUUGGCAUACCUCAUGGUCCUGAGCCCAAUCAAGCUGCAACAUGGGGCACUGGAACACAGCCUGGUGCCGCACAACCCCCGUUCGCAAACAGUUUCCCUACCUUCGGAACCACACUCACUGCGGAGCAGCAGAACGCCUUGGAACGAAGAAAGCAGGAGGAGCAGUAUCUCAUGGCUAGGCAGAAAGAGCAUCUUGCUCAACAACAAGCUAUGAUGAAGCAAAUGCAACUACAGGGCGGACCACAUAGUGUACAACCCCAGCUUCAGCAUCAUUCAAGUGCACACAGCCUCCAAAGCCAACCCAGUUUCGGAAGUAUCACUUCUCCCGCUGGUGGUUAUCAGCAAUCUCCUAUUCAGGGACCUAUUCAGCCUCCGCAACCAAUGCCAGGAUACUUCGAUGGCCCGUUCAGACAAAAUACUCUCCCUUUCGGGCCUCAAAUUCUCGGCACGGACUUUGGCUCACACGAAGAACUCCCAGGCUUUCUUGAUCGCCUAAAUUUGAAUCGUCCGGGUCCAUUUCCUCUAAACUCUCAAGGCUCAUUUAGCGGUCGUCAACAGGAGGCCGGCAUACACCCCCAACAGGUCAACUCGAUACUGCAGGAACGUGCCCGCCUUCAGCAAGAGCAGGAGCAAUACGAUAAAACCCAUUCGGACAGUAUUUUCGAGCAACAAGCGCGCGAUGAACGUCUUCGCCAGUUUCACGCCCUCCGCUCGGAUGAAGAUGAAAAUUUGUUGAGAGGUAGCGAGGGCCUGGGAUCUCUUCCAACGUCUACGGCGCAGCAAAACGAGUCCGAUCAGGAGCAACAAGAAGAAGAAGCAACUUUCUUGCAAGAUCAGGAGACAUCUACCAAUGAACCACUCUCUCUGUCCCAGCAGGUGCAAAAGGCAGCUACCGCACAAAGACAACAGCAGCAACAGCAAAAGCAAGCCCAAGCUGAGGCUGCAUGGGUGGCCAAGGGUGAUCCUGGCAUUCCUCAUCCUUUCCCGCCUCCUCCAUCUCAAUCCCCUCUUCCAGCACCGGCAGCUCAGCGGAAUCGUCAGCACGUCGCCGAUGCUCUUGCUGCAACUUCCCGCUCUCAGAACCAGACUCCUGUUGAAACCCCUUCAGCUUCCAUUGCUCCAUGGGCGAAGGACAGUAUUGAAGCACCCAAGGGCCCAUCUUUGAAGGAGAUUCAGGAGGCAGAGGCGCGCAGCGCAGCUCAACGCGAAGAACUUGCAGCACAAGCUCGUCGUGCUCAACUUUUGGCCGAACAAGAGCGACUCUCUCAGGCACAACAGGCAACAGCACCUGGGUUACCAUCAACAGCCAACUGGGCCAGCAGUGUGUCUCCAGUCACCCCAAGCACUGCCAGCUCAGCUUGGUCCAAGCCAGCUGCAAAGGCUACUGGCACACCUGCCAAGACUCUUGCUCAGAUCCAGAAAGAAGAAGAGGCACGUAAACAAAAAUUGGCUCAAGUCAGCGCUGUUCAGGCUGCAGCCACCACUGCAGCUUCUCCGGUGUCUGGAAAGCGGUACGCCGAUCUCGCCAGUAAAGUAGCUGCGUCGCCAACGCCUGCGGCCACUGGUGCAUGGACUACAGUUGGUGCGGGCGGUAAAGCUAAAGCACCACCGGCUACUCCAGUCGGUCCUCGCUCCACUAGUGCUACGCUCGCUUCUCCUCAAGUUGCCAAGCCAAGACCUGUAGCUCCAGUCAGAACAACGACCAUCGCCACCACCCCAGUUUCUAAUGCAAACCGUGCAAACGAGGAGUUCACAAAGUGGGCUAAGGUGACCCUGGGCAAGGGUCUUAACAAUGGAAUUAAUGUGGACGAUUUCGUGCAACAACUCCUCUUCUUACCUGCCGAAGCAGAAAUUAUCUCCGACUCUGUCUAUGCCAACUCUCAGACAUUGGAUGGUCGCCGUUUCGCAGAAGAAUUCAUCCGCCGCCGCAAGCUUGCCGACAAGGGAAUCGCUGAUCCUGUCAGCACCAAUGCAUUCAUUGAUCAGAAGGCAGCUUCUGGCGGCUGGAGCGAAGUUGCAAAGAAAUCCUCAAGUCAGCCCAAACAAGAGGACGAGAGCGCUGCUGCAUUCAAGGUUGUCGCUGGCAAGAAGAAGGGCAAGCGGUAA